AUCCCGAAUAUCUGAUCAUCCGGCAUGUCCUUCGAACUGAAAGAGAAGGGCAACCAGCUCUUCAAGGAAGGCGACUACAAUGGUGCGGAGGAGCUCUACUCUCAAGCUAUCCAGAAGAAUCCGCGCGAACCCACCUUUUUCACAAACCGCGCCCUCACCCGGAUAAGGCUGGAGAAAUGGGCUGGUGUGGAACACGACGCGCGCACGGCGAUUGAGCUGUACGGGCCCAAGAACCCCCAGAGCCUCAAGAGCUGCUGGUACCUCGCGCAGGCGCUCCUGGGCCUGGGGCGCCCGCAGGAGGCGUACGAGGUAGCCAUCGAUGCCUACCGAGCAAGUCUGGCGGCCAAGAGCGCGCAGACGGAGAAUCUGUCCAAGACGGUCCUGCGGGCCAAGCAGCAGAUCUGGGCUGCGAAGGAGACUGCCCGGCUGCGGGAGAUGAAUGAUACCCUGGCGACGGUGGAGUCGUUGAUCGGGGCCGAUCUCAACAGGGAGCUUGCGGAGCUGCAGGCCAGACUGGACAAGGGCGAGAUCGGACAGACGGGGUUCGUGGAGGAUCAGAAGGCGCUCCGUGCGGAUGCGGAGAAGAAUAUUCAAAAUGUCCGGGACGCGUUCCGCAUUGCGUCCAAUGGGGAUAUCCAGGAGAGGGUAAGUAGUUGUCCCUUGGGAGAAGAGUGUUCCUUGUGGGUGAAUGGGUAUCUAAUGAUUUUGCUCCAGGUUGUGCCCGAUUACCUGGUUGACGGGAUCACAUUUGAGAUCAUGCAUGAUCCCGUUAUCACACCCAGCGGCACCAGCUUCGAUCGCAUUGGAAUCAUCAAAUACGUCGAACAGUCCGGCGUGGACCCUAUCACCCGGGUACCCAUGACCGUCAACGAUCUCCGACCCAACUAUGCGCUGAAAGCCGCGUGCGAGGAGUUCCUCAAUAAGAACGGCUGGGCUGUCGACUGGUAGAUCAUGGAUGUACUGGUGUGGUUUUUGUUCACUUCUUCCAAUGUAUUCUUCGAGUUGCCAGCGGAAUACCCCGCUCUUUUUCUUUUCUUUUCUUUUCUUUUCUCU